AAUAAUUGGAUACCUAGUCAGUUAGUAUAAAUAUCACUACAUGGGGUAACAUUUUCCCAUCAACUCUUAAUUAGUAUCAGUAGUGGUGGUGGUCGUUGAAAAUAUAUUCUUCAACUGAAGUGACAAGUAUGGAAGCAAGGAAGAAAGCUCAUCAGGUUAUGAUCAUAUGGAAGUUGGUUUUUAUGAUGGCAUUAGCUGCCUUCAACUUCAUCAGCGUCCCCGUUAUGGGAGACGAUGACUCUCCAGUUGGGCACUUUGGUAGGGGGAGUCACGAUGAUAACAUGCGCAAAAUGCAAGCGUUCAAGGCCUCACUCAUGCGCGGUGGCCGUGGCUUUGUCUCCCAUAGCUCUGCUGCUCCUCACAGCCAGCCUCAGCCUCAGCCUCCCAAGGCCUGGAGGAGGAGUAGUCCUGCAGCACGGGUGUACUACAUGUCAGAUUUCGGUGGUGAUCCGACAGGAGUAAAGGACAGCACGGAGCAUAUUCAAGCGCUACUGUUGGCGGCUGCAGGACAAGGACCUAGUCCAGAUGCCCAAGGGGUAAUGUCGGGUGCAGGAAGUGGACCCAGCCAAGGGAGCUUGACGGCUGGAGUCCCCAAUAAAGCUGGGACGGCUGAUUUUCAAGGUGGUACUUAUAAGGUCGGCAAACCUGUCCAAGUACCGCCUGGAGGAAACAUUGUGAUUAAAGACGGAACAAUCCAAGCCUCAGAUGAUUUUCCUAAAGGCGGCAAUGUGUUCAAUGCAUCGCCUAAACAAGCACCGCCAGCAGAAAACACAGAGAGAUUGGAUGAGCCUGCACAGCUUUCUCCCGAUCCAUCAUCCUUCAGCUUCGAGUUCAUCACCUUCCAAAACAUCAUGAUCGACUCUAACCACCGGGGUGCAGGCAUUUCACUUUCAAACGCCCUUAGAACCAGCAUUGAAAAUGUCUACGUUGCCCAUUUCAGUACUACCGGCAUCAACGUCCACCCCUCCAGCUCUGAAACCUACAUCAGCAACUCAUUCCUCGGCCAGCAUCCCAACGCCGGACGUGAUCCUCGCGAGGGAAACUUCACCGGCACCGCCAUCAACCUCUCCGGCACCAACAAUGCUCUCACCGAUGUUGUCCUUUUCGCUUCUGCCGUUGGGGUAGAUGUAUCCGGCCAUGGUAACACUCUCUCUGGUGUACACUGCUACAACAAGGCCACUAGGUUUGGGGGCACCGGUAUUUAUUUGAGAAAGCCGGGUCUGGGUCUGGGUCGAAAUCGCAUCAUAAAUUCUUAUUUGGACUAUACGGGGAUCGUUGCUGAAGACCCUCUCCAACUUCACAUUUCCAACAGUUUCUUCCGUGGUGAUGCUUUUGUGGCCCUUAAGUCCAUCAAAGGUGUGGUUAGCGGGGUGAACAUUGUUGACAAUACCUUCAGUGGGUCCAACAAAGGAACUGGGAUUGUCCAAUUGCAGCAAUCAAAUGGGCCUUUCAACAAAAUUAACCAAGUUGUUGUGGAUAGGAACAGCGUUAGGGGAAUGAGCAUGAAGGCCACCGUUGCCAACGGGGCUGUUCAAGGCAACGGCACCUCUUUUACGCUUGAUUUCAAUUCCGUUCUUCUCUUCCCAAAUCGCAUUACGCAUGCCCAAUACUCCUUGAUUGUCACCAAUGGGGCUUUCCCUAAUCAUGUUCUUCGUAGUGUGUCCAACAACCGUGUCGUGGUUGCCACCAAUGUGCCCGUUUCUGCCACCGUGUUUGCCACCGUGGACCAAAACUAAACUAAACUAGCUUUUUAGGUUUUCGACCCUCCUAAUAUAUAAAUUAAAUAAAUUUGGUUUUCCUUUCAAAGGCUAAGUUCAAUAAUGCCUCCAAAAUCUUACUUACUGAUGAGGGGAUCAAGAAAGUAAGCAGCUUAGGACCUUUCCGACUGUUUAUUUUUGGGAAUGUAUUCUACAAUUUCUAUAUAUUUUUGUUUUUAUUGGAGUGUAUUGUAUUUUAUUACUAUUACAGUGUUACUUUUUUGUGUCUUUUUGGCCUGACAGUUGUAUUGCAUUAAUGUAUUAUAAUAUAUAAUGAUUGUAUUGCACUCUUUGAAGAGUUCUA